UGAAAAUACUAGUCAUGAAUUGAUAACAAACCGACAUCUUUGGGAAAUUCAAAUGCACGACUGCGAUGAAAAAAUCGCUACCUUAAAAGACGAUAUUAGGGAUGCCACCGGAAAUGCAAAAGCUCAACUUAGCUAUGCAGAAAAAUGGAUAAGUGCCGCAGCUGAAGCACUAGAACUUCGAUUCCAAAUCAAACCGACGCCGUUACCUAACGCAGACCACGAGCGGCGCGUUCACGAUGAGAUAGCGCGAACAUAUGAAUUACAAACGAAGGAACGAGAAGAAUUAUUAGAACAUUGGAAAAUAAAGUACGCAGAGGACACAGCUGGGAUCAGUCGCCACGUGAUGGAACAACGUGAAAAACUGCGCGUGACAAGUGCUCGGAGACUCGAAUUACAAAAACUUUACGACUUACAUGCAGGCGAAAUGCGUGCAUGGCUGACAUUCAAAAGGGAGCGAGCGGCCCGCUUAGCUCGGGAGCAACAUGCAAAAGCUGCUGCCACGAGGAUCCAGUCGUGGUGGCGAGGCUUGAUGGUGCGCCGUGCUCUAGGAGCUUUCAAACAUCUUCGCAAUUCUAAAAAAGCUGCUGUAAAAAAGAAAAAAUAAACAAAGGUUAC